CAGGCUUCCCUGGCUCCCACUCUCACCAGAAACCAGUUGACGUUCCUUCCGCGCCAUCUUUAGAAAACAUUACUGAAUGAAUAUACGGUUUUCGUCGCUUUGGAGAACUUCUCACUGUAUGCCUGAACUCCUUGUUUUUCCAGGUGUUGGGAGGAAAUAUGGGGAUCAAGGUUCGGCCUCGGUGCUUUCUGGACAUCGGGAUCAGUAAUGUUCUAGUUGGUAGAAUCGUGGUGGAGUUAUUUUCAGACAUCUGCCCCAAAACCUGUGAAAACUUCAGAUGCCUUUGCACAGGUGAGAAAGGCAUAGGAAAAGGGACCCAGAAACCCCUGCACUACAAAGGAUGCUUGUUCCAUCGAGUUGUAAAAGACUUCAUGAUUCAAGGUGGUGACUUCAGUGAAGGAAAUGGAAGAGGAGGUGAAUCGAUCUACGGGGGCUUUUUUGAAGAUGAAAGCUUUGCUGUUAAACACAACAAGGAGUAUUUGCUGUCUAUGGCUAACAGGGGCAAAGAUACAAAUGGAUCACAGUUCUUCAUAACAACAAAACCUGCCCCUCAUUUGGAUGGUGUUCAUGUGGUUUUCGGUCAUGUAAUUUCUGGACAAGAAGUUGUUCAAACGAUGGAGAACCAGAAAAUAGAUCCUAACAGCCGGCCGUAUGCUGAAGUGAAGAUUUUAAACUGUGGAGAGCUCAUUCCGAAAUCAAAAGGAAAGAAAGCCAACAAAAAGAAAGAGAAGGCCUCGUCCAAUUCCAGCGGCAGCUCAUCUGAUUCGGAAAGCUCCUCAGAUUCUUCUUCCAGCUCAGAGGAAUCUGAAAAAGAAUCUAAGAAACGGAAGAAGGAGAAAAAACUAAAAAAGAAGCAAAAGAAGGAGAAGAAAAAGUCUGGAUUGGAAAGUGCUGAGGAGAAAGAACAAGAAGAUGAAAUUACUUCCACUGUACGUCCUGAAGAAAUCCCUCCCAUCCCAGAGAACCGCUUCCUCAUGAGGAGAAGUCCUCCACCAUCCGAGAAGUCCAACAAGGACGAUGAAAAAGACCAGAGAAACAGGGACGACAGAUCGAGACAGAACACUGGCUCAAUGUAUAAUUCUCAGUCCGAUUAUCAGAGGCGGUUUAUGGUUACCACCCGAUCAGGCAGGAAGAUAAAAGGGAGAGGACCAAGGAGGUACCGAACUCCAUCACGUUCUCGCUCAAGGUCUAGAGAUCGAUUUCGCCGAAGCGAAACUCCUCCACACUGGCGACAAGAGAUGCAGCGUCAGAGGAUGAGGGCGGUCACCAGAGAGCGAUGGAUUAAGGGAGACAAAGGUGACUUUAACAAUGCUGUGGAUGAAGAAACUAACGCUCCAAAACGAGAGAGAAGAACGUCCAAGGCAAAAGACGAAGACACGGCUGAGGGAAAGAAGGAAAAGAAGAGUCGAUCACACAGGUCUAAAAGCAAAGAGGGCGGUACUGCAGAAAAGGAUGAGCAGCACAGCAAGCACAAAUCAAAGAAAAAAACAAAGUCUCGCAGCCGCAGUGGGAGCAGAGAAAAGAAAAGGUCCCAAAGCAGAGACAAGGCCGACAAGCAUAAAAGUAGCCACAGGAGAGGGCGUUCAAGAAGCAAAGAAGGAAACAAAGAAACGGAGGCAGGAGUGGAACAGAGUAAAGAUAGAAGUAAAGAUAGAGAAUCUGAUACAAACAACAAGGAGGGGAAAGGGAAGGAAGAAGAGAGAACAAGGACAAAAUCCUUAAGCAAGGAAAGAUCAUCUAGAAAAGAUGAGCGAAGAUCAAGCAGCAGAAACAGGGACAAAGGCUGGAGAGCAGCAUCCAAAGAAAAAGAGGAAAAAUCAGACAAGGACAGGGCCAGAAAAAGAAGCCGAAGUAAGGAAAGGGAGAAACGGACAAGAGGAACAUCCAGGGAAAAAGAUAAGCGGUCAAGAAGUCCAGACAGGAGUAAGGCCAGAGACUCUCAUAGAGGCAGACGCUCUAGAAGCAGAAGCCGUCGGAGAGAUCGCAGCAAAGAUCGGUCUUCUCAGAGAAAGGACCGAAGCAGAGAUUCCACCAGCAGGAGGAGAAGACGAAGCAGCAGCAGCUCCGACAGUGACAGAGCAGAUAAAAAGAAGAGCAGAAAAAGUCCCGAUUCCUCAAGGAGGAAUAGAUCCAGAGACAGGAGAAGCCCAGCCAGACCAGAUAGUACAAAAGAUAGAAAAGAUCGCAAGAAAAAUCAUUCGAGCUCUAGCUCCACCUCUGGCAGCGACUGAUUUCUUUUACGGUAAUCCAAAUCUGCAGAUCAGCUUCAUUCAUCCCAGCUUCUUCCAAAUCUCAUAUAAGCAUAGACCUUUCCAAACUGGUUACAAAGCCUGGUUGAUAGAAAGUGAAGCAGAAGAACAUAAAAAAAUAUAUAUAUAAAUAACUGACUGGAGGGAGAAUCCAACACUUAUAAAUCUUCAGGCCUUGUAACUCAAUAUCUGUUGCCUCCUGAAAAUGCAAGCUGGACCUGAAAGACUUCUGAUCUAGGAGGAAAGAAAUCUGCAGAACUGCUCAGAUGUUUUUUUUUUGUUUUUUUUUUAAGAGAUUGGACUGAUUUAAACAAUAUGAUCUUAAUGUUUUUUUCAAAAUCCCUGUUCUCAGUUUUAGUUCAAAUAAAGAAAAAAAAAUGUAACUUGUGUCCAUUUUUUUACCAAAAGUCUGAAGAUUAAUUUAGUCUCGCAUGCUUAUUCCUAUUUGAUUUAUUUGGAAAAUGAAACUUUUAUUUUGAAUAUUUUUUUUUCUACUUGACCAAACUUGAAACUAUUAUUCUGUCAACUCUGUUUAUAGGUAAAAAUACUGCUGGUCACAAGCAUUUUCUAUAAACUCAAUUUUCUUUGCAGCAAAACAUGGGAGUGUUGAUUAAAGUGUAACGCUAUUUCUUUGUUCUGGGUUUUUUUUUUAUUGUUGUAAAUGUUGAGGCCAAAAUCAAAACAUAAUGACAAUAAAUAAGUUAAACUGGAAGAUCUC